AUGAUCUGCGUGAAGCCUGUUAUUGCUUCAUCAAUACCGCGAACAGCUCGAGGAUAUGUCGUGUCCGUGAAUGCUCCUCGCAUCUACGAGGGCAAACCGAUACCACGUCGCUACGGUGUGCAGAAAACAUUCUUAUACAAUCAAUACACCCGCAUGCUCGAAGCUAGCGAUAAUUCCCCCAUAAUAUUCCUCCAACACACAAAUUUCGCGUCUCAGCGGCUACAGAAGUUGAGACGGGAUAUAGCCGAUGCAAACGCCAAGUUUUCUGUCUCAUUAUCCUCUCCAACACCUCCUGUUGAAAACGGUACUCCUACGCUAGCCGUGAUGCGGACCUCGCUUUUUGGCGUUGCAUUACGAGACUUUGCGCCUUUAGACGCGGAACAGGCAGCUCAAAUUGCAGGAUUGCUUCAAGGCGGUCUUGCUGUCCUAACGCUACCAUCAUUCAACCCUCCCCAACUUGACGCCAUCCUCCGUGCUCUUGAUCGCUCAGUGCCUCCCAAGAAACCAGGGCUUGCGCAGUCAGCACCGAUAAAACCUCAAGAUGACCCGAAUUUUAUUCCUGGUAGAAAGAUGCAGAGGGUGAAGCCCGUCUUGACCCCAGAACUAGUGGUGAUGGGUGCUCUCAUCGAGAGGCGGGUAUUUGGAAUGGAGGGUGUACGGGAUGUAUCGAAACUGCCAACCCUAGACACUCUGCGGGCGCAGAUAGUUGGGUUGCUAAGCUCACCAGCUGUACAGUUGGCUGCAAUUCUCAGUGAGGCAAGUGGAGGGAAACUUGCGAGGACACUGGAGGGCUUGAAGAAGGGACUGGAAGAGAGUCAGAGUGCGGAAGCUUCAUCAUAG